AACAGAGCAACCCUAACCUCACUCCUAAUCACAACAAAACUUUCCAUGUGAUACUGAUGUGAAUUCUAGAUUUUUAUGUUUUUCUGUGUGUAGUAAAGUCAUUUCAACCGGUAAAAUGUUUUCGAAAACCCUAGUGCGUACCUACAACUCCUUUUUAACCCAGAAAACUGCUUUCAAAUUCCUAUCGACAAGCAGUUCUGAGGUCUCUGUGAAAUCAGUGCCGGAGUGGAAAUCCAAGCAGAUAGCUCUUUUCGAUAAAGAACUCAAACGUCAACAAGAAGCUGUCGGUCGAAUUGAAAAAAUAAAAGUGCAGUAUCGUGGGACUCCUGAAGAUGUUCUUCUCUCUAUGAACAAAGGUGUUUCAACACCUUUUCAUUGUGCGCAACAUAUGAGUGAAAUGCUAACCAAGCGGUCCGCCCUCGCAAUGGUUGAUGGGACAGAACUGUGGGACAUGCAUCGUCCUCUCGAAAAAGACUGUGAAAUACAAUUGUUGCAUUUUCAAGAUCCAGAUCCUUUUCAAGUCAACAGAGCCUUCUGGCGAACAUGCUCGCUGCUGCUAGGUGGUGUUAUCUCCAAUGCGUUCAAGGAGGAUAUUCAGGUAAACCUUCAUAGCUUUCCAUCUCCAAAUGUCCGCAGCGGUUCUUUCGUUUAUGAUGUUCAAAUACCAGAACUCACAGAUUGGAAACCCACCCAAGAUGAGUUGCGGAUCCUCAGUGCAGAUAUGGUUAUCAUGUCAAGGAAAGACCUUCCUUUGCAACGUUUAGCAGUCAAAGAAGAUGUCGCCCAAGAACUUUUCAGCCACAAUAAAUUCAAGUUAGAACAAAUUCCCUCCAUUCUUGAACAGGCCCCAGACAAGAGAGUCAUUGUAUAUAGAGUAGGAGACCAUAUGGAUAUUAGCAGAGGACCCAUGGUAGGGAGUACUCAAUUCAUAGGACGUUGCACUGUAGCAUCUGUCCACCAAAUAGAAAACGAUAACCUUCAUUUGUAUCGGUUCCAAGGAGUCGCACUUCCUAAAGGUAUCUUCCUUAAUCAUUUUGCUUACGGAGUUUUAGAGGAUAGAGCUCGUAGGUUAAACUCUAGUCUUUAUUCGGGUCAGAUCCUUACUGAAACUUUCAAACCUAAUUUGGAAGAAAAAGCAGCGAAUUGAAAUUAAUUUCUGAUGUUCAUUCUCUAAUGUACAAACUAUGUAUAUAAUUGCAAUCACUUUUGAAGGACAACCAAUAUUUUCUCUGUAAAUAUGUUUCUACAUGAAAUCCUUCUCGUUUCUUUACUAGGAUAAUUUACAUGCUUUAGCAUUAUAUUGUUUUAUCGUGUACCAGUACUGUGUUUUUCGUAAUUAAAGACUUAAUUUGUUUUUAAUUUUUA